AUGGCUGACAACAAGGACUCGAAACCACCACCAUCACCGCCGAGCAAAGAUCUGCCUUCUGACAACGAUGCCAAAGCGAAAGUGGAUAUCGUGUUCGAGAAAGUGACCUCCUCGGAAAAGCAAAGCAAAGACGUGAAUGUUGGUGACUCGGAAAAAGCGAACAAAGAGAAGCCUGAUCAAUUGGAGAAGUCGACCAAGGAGGCCGACUCGGAGAAAGCUGACGAAAAGAAGCCUGAUCAAUUCGUCGAAAAGUCGACCAAGGAAAGUAGUUCGACCGACUCGGAAAACCCUAACAAAAAAUCAUCAAAAUCACGUGGUGAUUCGAAACUAGCAUAUCAAGAUCGUGUGUUGAAGGUUUCACCCGAAAGUGAUCGAAUGACAAAAGAUGAUGACUAUGAGAUGGGCCCACCAACUGGUGCAGAGAAAAAGGGAAUUAUGGGCAGGAGCAAGAAAAUUGGUGCAAAGAAGCUUCUCUGUUACUUGGCCGUGUGUGUUAUCCUUUUCCUCCUGAUUGUUGGCUUCAUCACGGGGAUCAUGCUUUUGAUGAGGAAAACGGAUAGUGGAACGGUCACAACGGAAGCUUUCAUUGGAACUGACGGCAUUGAAUCGACGGCUACCACGUUGCCGAUACGACUACCCCACGACGCGACAACGAGCACUGGUGUAAUGCCAACGACGCAAACGCUGCCUAACUCGACUGCAACUACUCAUUCUCCUCCAACUUCAGCUCCACCUGACAUUCUGUCAAUUAGGCACAUGAGAUACCGCUUACCGAAAAGCGUUGUGCCGGAACUUUGGAGA